AUGAUCGCUAAGCUUGCGAAUGUGGUCUCGGUCUAUGUGCCUGGCAAGUGUCCUGCCUGGACGGUAGAGGUUGCAGAGGGGAUGGUCUAUCUCUGGCCUCUUGGCUACGUUGUUCCACUACAGCAGCUUGUCGGCAUCUCGUUCGGACUCCAGCCCCAAAGACGAGGAAGAUAUCAAGAACAGUAG